UACAAUGAAAAUUUAGGCGUCGCUGUCCCGCCACCGUUUUGUUUCUCCACAUUGCUCGAUCCAUCAUGGCGAUGCACACUAAAGCGACUCCACCGCAGAUCCCAGACACCCGCCGGGAGCUUGCCGAACUGGUGAAGAGGAAACAGGAGCUAGCAGAGACUCUUGUGAAUUUGGAACGACAAAUAUACGCAUUUGAAGGUAGUUACCUAGAAGACACGCAGAUGUAUGGCAACAUCAUCCGAGGAUGGGACAGAUACUUAACCAACCAAAAGAACUCUAAUAGUAAGACUGAUAGAAGAAAUAGAAAAUUCAAGGAGGCAGAGCGUCUGUUCAGCAAGUCAUCAGUCACAUCAGUUGCAGCGGUAUGUGCACUCGGUGGUAUACCGGAUCACAUGAAUGAGAAACGUGAGGCGGGCAGCGGCACGGAAAGCGACGCCUCCCCAGAUCUCCAGAACCAAGAGAAUGAACCCAGCCAGGAGGACACGGAGGACGUGGACUCCACCCUGCAGGACUUGAAGCCCCAAAAGGCUGCCUCCUCCUCUUCCUCAGGCAGCCAUCACGGAAGCCACAAGAAGAGGAAGAACAAAAACAGGCACAGCCCUUCUGCCAUGUUUGAUUAUGACUUUGAGUUCGACAUGAAGGUGAACAAGAAACCAAGAGCUGACUAUUCUACUUAAGACAAGAAGUGCAAGACCCGGACCCCAAAUGACAACCGAGAUACUUUUCCCCCCAGUUUAGCCUGUAUUGUGUGUACUGCUCUAAACAUCCAAACAUUCCCCAACCUGCAUGUUACUACACACCAGCCUGUGACAUGUUAGUGUUUUUUCAAAAGACUAUUUAUUUUGUAGGCAAUGAACACAUUUUCCAUUGUACUGGGUGUUUAUUUUUUAUUUUUUUGUACACAUGAAUCAAAUCCUCUCUGAAGCUAUUCUUUUAUUUCACGGUGUUUUUCAAGAAAAUAAUAAAAUGAUGUUGGUA